AUGAAGUCUACCCAGAUUUUAUAUUUGGUGGCGCCCCGCACGGCCCCCCCCCUCCCGCCCACGCUUCCGCAAGCGGUUAACACGCUCCGUAACAGAAGGGUUCCGACGCCGCAGUUGGUGGCUGGGGACGGCGUGCCGCUUCCGGAAGGCCAGGCGGGACUCACGAACCUGCAGGAGCUGUUGGCGGCUGCAGCGGCGGCGGCGAAUGAAGGCGGUGCCCCGGGCGGCAGUCCCCCCCGCCAGAUCACGGCCGAGGACCUGGCAAAGCUUCCCGCUUACCUGAGGGAGGCUCCCACGUGCGCCACCUACCCCGCCAACAGGUCCUUCUGCCUCAUGCCCCAGGACUACCCCGGUGACCUUGCCGCGACCUUAGUGAGCAAGUACGAGAAGGAGAUGCAGCAGAUCAACGACCUCUUGAAGCAGCUUCCAACGCCCUCCGUGGACCUGACGCACGCAAGCAAACAGAUCCCUACGAUUGAUGCGAGCGUGGAUUGUCAGAAAGAAGAAAGGACGGUUGAACUGAGCUGGUCACGUGACAUCUUGGGCAGCUGGUUCGUCAUAAUGCAGACGCCACCCUUCGCUCAGCCGAUCACAGUAACCACCUGCAGCGCCGCCGCCAGAUUGCAGGGCUGUCGGCCGCUGCUGCAGCCGCGGCCUCUGAUCGCCUUCCAGCCCCGUGACCCCGAGCCGCGCCCCUUCGUGUUCGACUUCCCCUUGCCUGUGGCGUGCGUCUUCGCCGGGGUUGACCCUCUGCAGCGUGCUUCGGCUGUGACUAUAGUCGUGACACCUGAUGACCAGCCUGUGACAUCAUCGCCCUUUGACUCUGACUUGGAUGACGAACGUUCCGUGACGUCACGUUCAGGCGCCCAUGGGACGGACAUAUUCGUGACGUCACUGGCGAACAGACCAAUCCCACAUCCUCAGGUGACGUCACGGUCUUUCCCACGCGUCCCGCUUCCACGGCGUCCGGAUACGCUGCCGGGAGUGCCCUUCGACAAUGUCAAGACACUCACAGAAAUAGUGCAAAACGAAGCUGAAGUUAAAGUCAGCCGGCAGUCGGGAGGCUCUCGCGCUCAUCCAGCUCACGUUUUCUUGACAUUAUGUCUAUCGCUUGCUUUGCUUAUUCAAAGAUGAUUUUGUAGACCCCAUCGGUAGAAUUUAUACAUACUAUGCAUAUGUAAGUUAUUUUAAUUGUUAAAUACUACCAUUAAUGCUUUAUAUAUACUCAGCUUUUCCUAAAAGGUUGUACACAUAGAAUAUAUCUGCAACGAGACAUGAAUCAACGCCAAGAAAUUUUGGACUACUUACGUGAACAGCAAAGAACACCACACCUUCACACACUUACACCAUGCACUUACCCUUCCCUGAAAUACGGACAAAGAAAAAAAAACAUGGACUCGUAUCGACACUACCACACUGCUAAACGCCGUAUGGUAAAAAUACUCACCAUAUAAUUGUAUGUUAUACUAUUUCAGGAGAAAAAACGUUACAUACAGUAUAUCAAAAGAUCGAGCAGGAUGUGGUGGCAUCCUUAUAGAUAGGAGACACGGGAAGUGUCUUAAGACGAAAGAGGACUACAGUAUUGGUUUUACUUGAUUUAUAACUGCAGCCAAGCAAAGUGAUUUUGUAAGUUACACCGAUGACAAAGAAAUGUUUUAUUUGCACUUUAUAUAUAUAUACAAAAUAGAUGUACGUAAAACUGUGUACAAUAAAGAAUAAUUUUUA